AUGGCGGCGGCGGCGGGCGGCGGCAGUUGCCCGGGGCCUGGCUCCGCGCGGGGCCGCUUCCCGGGCCGGCCGCGGGGCUCCGGCGGGGGAGGGGGCCGCGGCGGACGGGGCAGCGGGGCCGAGAGAGUGCGGGUAGCUCUGCGGCGCGGCGGCGGCGCGGCGGGGCCGGGCGCAGCCGAGCCCGGGGAGGACACGGCCCUGCUCCGUUUGCUGGGGCUCCGCCGGGGCCUGCGCCGGCUCCGCCGCCUGUGGGCCGGCCCGCGCGUUCAGCGGGGCCGAGGCCGGGGCCGGGGCUGGGGGCCGAGCCGGGACUGCAUGCCGGAGGAGGAGAGCAGUGACGGGGAGUCAGACGAUGAGGAAUUUCAGGGUUUUCAUUCAGAUGACGAUGUGGCCCCCAGUUCCCUGCGCUCUGCGCUCCGGUCACAACGAGGUCGAGCCCCUCGAGGUCGCGGCCACAAGCAUAAGACGAUCCCCCUUCUGCCUCCUCGCCUAGCAGAUGUGACUCCUACCCCCCCAAAGACUCCUGCCCGGAAACGGGGUGAGGAGGGUACAGAGCGGAUGGUGCAAGCACUGACUGAACUUCUCCGGCGGGCCCAGGCACCCCCAACCCCCCGGAACCGGGCAUGUGAGCCCUCCACCCCCCGUCGGUCUCGGGGGCGGCCCCCAGGACGGCCUGCAGGCCCGUGCAGGAAGAAGCAACAAGCAGUAAUGGUGGCAGAAGCAGCUGUGACAAUCCCUAAAUCUGAGCCCCCACCUCCUAUGGUUCCAGUAAAACAUCGCACUGGGAGCUGGAAGUGCAAGGAGGGGCCUGGCCCAGGACCUGGGACCCCCAAGUGUGGAGGACAGUCUGGGCGAGGAGGCCGUGGAGGCAGGGGCCGAGGCCGAGGUGGACUCCCCCUCGUGAUCAAGUUUGUUUCAAAGGCCAAAAGAGUGAAGAUGGGACGAUUGUCCUUGGGACUUGAAUCAGGUCAGGGUCAGGAUCAACAUGAGGAAAGCUGGCAGGAUGCUCCCCAAGGAAGAGUUGAAUCUGGACAGGGAGAGGGCCCUUGCUGGAGCAAGGAGCAGAAGUCGGAGGAGGAGAAAGAUAAGGAAGAAGGGGAAAAGAAGGAAGAGAGAGCUUUAACUGAGGAGGAGAUGAUGAUAGCUGAGGAAAAGGAAGAGGCAAAGCUGCCUUCACCACCCCUGACUCCUCCAGUCCCCCCACCUCUUCCAUCUCCCUCAACAUCUCCUCCAUCCCCACUUUGCCCUUCACCACCCUCAGUAACCCCACCAUCCCCUCCACCACCUCCUGCCCCAGAGGAGCAGGAAGAAUCCCCUCCCGUGGUCCUAGCUACAUGCUCCAGGAAGAGGGGCCGGCCUCCCCUGACUCCCAGCCAACGGGCAGAGCGGGAAGCUGCUCGGGCAGGGCCAGAGGGCACCUCUCCUACCACUCCAACCCCUGGCACCGUCACAGGAGGCCCUCUGGAAGACAGCCCCACUGUGGCCUCCAAAAGCACCACCUUCCUGAAGAACAUCCGGCAGUUUAUUAUGCCUGUGGUGAGUGCCCGGUCCUCCCGUGUCAUCAAGACACCCCGGCGAUUUAUGGAUGAAGAUCCCCCCAAGCCCCUGAAGGUGGAAGUCUCACCUCUGCGGCCUCCUGUUGCUAUCUCACCGCUCGCCCCCCAGGAGCCAGCGCCAGCCCCCUCUCCACCAUGUGCCCCAACUCCCCUAUCUAUCCCAGUCCCACUUCCUGAAAAGAGAAGGUCCAUCCUAAGGGAACCCACAUUUCGCUGGACCUCACUGACCCGGGAACUGCCCCCUCCUCCCCCAGCUCCUCCGCCAGCUCCACCCCCACCUCCUGCGCCUGUCAAUCCAUCCCGGAGGCCCCUGCUCCUUCGGGCCCCUCAGUUUACCCCAAGUGAAGCCCACUUGAAGAUCUAUGAAUCGGUGCUUACUACUGCUCCACUUGGGGCCCCUGAAGCCCCUGAGCCAGAGCCGCCUCCUGUUGAUGACUCUCCAGCUGAGCCUGAGCCACGGGCAGUGGGCCGCACCAACCAUCUCAGCCUGCCUCGAUUUGCCCCUGUGGUCACCACCCCUGUUAAGGUGGAGGUGCCCCCAUCUGGGAGUCCACCUCUGAGCAAUGGGCAGCAGCCUCAGGCUCAGCUCCAGGCCUUGCAAACUCAGCUGCUGCCCCAGGCACUACCACCACUGCAGCCACAGUUACAACUGCAGCCACCAGCACUGGAAAAGGCCCGGAUUGCAGGCCUUGGUUCCUUGCCACUGUCUGGUGUAGAGGAGAAAAUGUUCAGCCUCCUCAAGAGAGCCAAGGUGCAGCUAUUCAAGAUUGACCAGCAGCAGCAGCAGCAGCAGAAGGUGGCAUCUUUGAUGCCGCCAAGCCCUGGAGGGCAGAUGGAGGAGGUCGUGGGCACAGUCAAGCAAAUCUCAGAUAGAGGUCCUGUCAGGUCUGAAGACGAAUCUAUGGAAACUAAGAGAGAGAGACCAUCGGGCCCCGAGUCCCCUGUGCAAGGCCCCCGCAUCAAACAUGUCUGCCGUCACGCUGCUGUGGCCCUGGGUCAGGCGCGGGCCAUGGUGCCUGAAGACGUCCCCCGCCUCAGUGCUCUCCCUCUCCGCGAUCGGCAGGACCUUGCCACAGAGGAUACAUCAUCAGCAUCUGAGACUGAGAGUGUCCCAUCGCGGUCACAGCAGGGAAAGGUGGAUUCAGCAGGGCCGGGGGGGGACUCAGAGCCUGCAGGGUCAGGAGGACCCUUGGCCCAUACACCUCAGCGCUCACUGCCCUCCCAUCAUGGCAAGAAGAUGCGGAUGGCACGGUGUGGACACUGUCGGGGCUGCCUGCGUGUGCAGGACUGUGGCUCCUGUGUCAACUGCCUGGACAAGCCCAAGUUUGGUGGCCCUAACACCAAGAAGCAGUGCUGUGUAUACCGGAAGUGCGACAAGAUAGAGGCUCGGAAGAUGGAGCGGCUGGCUAAGAAAGGCCGGACGAUAGUGAAGACGCUGUUGCCCUGGGAUUCCGAUGAAUCUCCUGAGGCCUCCCCUGGUCCUCCAGGCCCACGCCGGGGGGCGGGAGCUGGGGGGCCCCGGGAGGAGGUGGUGGCCCCGCCAGGGCCCGAGGAGCAGGACUCCCUCCUACUGCAGCGCAAGUCAGCCAGGCGCUGCGUCAAACAGCGACCCUCCUAUGAUAUCUUCGAGGACUCGGAUGACUCAGAGCCCGGGGGUCCCCCUGCUCCCCGUCGUCGGACUCCCCGAGAGAGUGAGCUACCAGUGCCAGAACCUGAGGAGCAGAGCCGGCCCCGCAAACCCACCCUGCAGCCUGUGUUGCAGCUCAAGGCCCGAAGGCGCCUAGACAAGGAUGCUUUGGGCCCUGGUCCCUUUGCUUCUUUUCCCAAUGGCUGGACUGGAAAACAGAAAUCUCCUGAUGGUGUGCACCGGGUCCGUGUGGAUUUUAAGGAGGAUUGUGACCUGGAGAAUGUGUGGCUGAUGGGAGGACUGAGUGUGCUUACCUCUGUGCCAGGAGGGCCACCUAUGGUGUGCUUGCUGUGUGCCAGCAAAGGCCUGCAUGAGUUGGUGUUCUGCCAAGUCUGCUGUGACCCUUUCCACCCAUUCUGCCUGGAGGAAGCUGAGCGGCCCCUGCCCCAACAUCAUGACACCUGGUGCUGCCGCCGCUGCAAGUUCUGCCACGUCUGUGGGCGCAAAGGCCGGGGAUCCAAGCACCUCCUGGAGUGUGAGCGCUGCCGCCAUGCUUACCACCCAGCCUGCCUGGGGCCCAGCUACCCAACCCGGGCCACUCGCAAAAGGCGCCACUGGAUCUGCUCAGCCUGUGUGCGCUGUAAAAGCUGUGGGGCAACUCCAGGCAAGAACUGGGACGUCGAGUGGUCUGGAGAUUACAGCCUCUGCCCCAGGUGCACCCAGCUCUAUGAGAAAGGAAACUACUGCCCAAUCUGCACACGCUGCUAUGAAGACAACGACUACGAGAGCAAGAUGAUGCAGUGUGCACAGUGUGACCACUGGGUGCAUGCUAAGUGUGAGGGGCUCUCAGAUGAAGACUAUGAGAUCCUUUCGGGGCUGCCAGACUCAGUGUUGUACACCUGUGGACCGUGUGCUGGGGCCACGCACCCCCGCUGGCGAGAGGCCCUGAGUGGAGCCUUGCAGGGUGGCUUGCGACAGGUGCUCCAGGGCCUGUUGAGCUCCAAGAUGGCAGUCCCACUGCUGCUGUGCACCCAGUGUGGGCAAGAUGGAAAGCAGCUGCACCCUGGGCCCUGCAAUCUGCAAGCUGUGAGCCAGCGCUUUGAGGAGGGCCACUACAAGUCUGUGCACAGCUUCAUGGAGGAUGUGGUGAGCAUCCUGAUGGGGCACUCAGAAGAAGGAGAGCCCUCGGAGCAUCGGGCUGGAGGCCAGAUGAGGGGGCUCCUAUUGAAGCUGCUAGAGUCUACGUUCGGCUGGUUCGACGCCCACGACCCCAAGUACUGGCGACGGAGUACCCGGCUGCCAAAUGGAGUCCUUCCCAAUGCUGUGUUGCCCCCAUCCUUGGACCAUGUCUACGCUCAGUGGAGACAGCAGGAACCAGAGAUGCCAGAAUCAGGGCAGCCUCCAGGGGACCCCUCAGCAGGUUUCCAGGGCAAGGAUCCAGUUGCCUUUUCGCACCUGGAGGACCCUCGUCAGUGUGCACUCUGCCUCAAGUAUGGUGAUGCGGAUUCUAAGGAGGCGGGGCGGCUCCUGUACAUCGGGCAGAAUGAAUGGACACACGUUAACUGUGCCAUUUGGUCAGCUGAAGUAUUUGAGGAAAAUGAUGGUUCCCUCAAGAAUGUGCACGCUGCUGUGGCUCGAGGGAGGCAGAUGCGCUGUGAGCUCUGCCUAAAGCCUGGAGCAACGGUGGGCUGCUGCCUUUCCUCCUGCCUCAGCAACUUUCACUUCAUGUGUGCUCGGGCCAGCUACUGCAUCUUCCAGGAUGACAAGAAAGUUUUCUGUCAGAAACACACAGAUCUGCUAGAUGGCAAGGAGAUCGUAAACCCCGAUGGGUUUGAUGUUCUUCGCCGAGUCUAUGUAGACUUUGAGGGCAUCAACUUCAAGCGAAAGUUCUUGACAGGGCUCGAGCCUGAUGUCAUCAAUGUGCUCAUUGGCUCCAUUCGAAUUGACUCCUUGGGUACUCUGUCUGAUCUCUCGGACUGCGAGGGACGUCUCUUCCCCAUUGGCUACCAAUGCUCCCGUCUGUAUUGGAGCACAGUGGAUGCUCGGCGGCGCUGCUGGUAUCGGUGCCGAAUUCUUGAGUAUCGGCCAUGGGGGCCGAGGGAAGAGCCAGUUCAUCUGGAGGCAGCGGAGGAGAACCAGACCAUUGUGCACAGCCCUGCCCCUUCCAUCGAGCCCCCAGAUCAUGUCAACCCCCCACCAAAUACAGAUGUCCUUAUCCCUGGAGCUCCUGAGCACCACUCACCUAUUCAGAACCUGGACCCCACUCUACGGCCAGAUCCAAGCAGCGCCCCUCCUCCAGCCCCCCGCUCUUUUUCUGGGGCUCGUAUCAAAGUGCCCAACUAUUCACCAUCCCGGAGGCCCUUGGGGGGUGUCUCCUUUGGACCCCUACCCUCCCCUGGAAGUCCAUCUUCUCUGGCCCACCACAUCCCUACAGUGGGAGACCUGGACUUUCCAGCUCCCCCCAGACGCUCCCGUCGUCCCAGCCCCCUGGCCCCCAGGCUACCACUGUCACGGCGGGCCUCCCCCCCUCUCAGAACCUCUCCUCAGCUCAGGGUGCCCCCUCCUACCUCAUCCCUUAGAGCCUGUACACCUACCUCAGGGGAGCUGGCUCCCCCUGGCCCGGCCACAUCCCCACUUCCCCCUGAAGACCUGGGCCCAGACUUUGAGGACAUGGAGGUGGUGUCAGGACUGAGUGCUGCUGACCUGGACUUUGCUGAGAGCCUGCUGGGGACCGAGCCCUUUCAGGAAGAGAUUGUGGCUGCAGGGGCAGUGGGGAGCAGCCAUGGGGGCGCAGGAGACAGCUCAGAGGAGGAGGCCAGCCCUAUCCCCCAUUACAUCCACUUCCCUGUGACUGUUGUGUCUGGCCCUCCCUUGCCCCCUGGCACUCUCUCUGGAGCCCCUCGCAUCGAACAGCUGGACGGAGUGGAUGAUGGCACAGACAGCGAGGCUGAGGCAGUCCAGCAGCCUCGGGGCCAUGAGACUCCUUCAGGGCCAGGAGCAGGCCGGGCUGGGGUUAUUGGGGCUGCAGGGGACAGGGUCCGACCUCCUGAGGACUUGCCAUCAGAAAUUGUGGACUUUGUAUUGAAGAACUUAGGGGGGCCUGGGGAGGGGGUUACUGGGCCCAGAGAGGAGCCACUCCCCCCAGCACCUCCACUGGCCAAUGGUAGCCAACCCCCCCAGGGCCUGCCCCCUAGUCCUGCUGACACCACUCGGACGUUUGCCUGGCUCCCUGGGGCUCCAGGGGUUCGAGUAUUGAGCCUGGGUCCUGCCCCAGAGCCCCCCAAACCUGCCACGUCCAAAAUCAUCCUUGUCAACAAGUUGGGGCAAGUGUUUGUGAAGAUGGCUGGGGAGGGUGAACCUGUCUCCCCUGCAGUGAAGCAGCUGCCUCUUCCCCCUCCCAUUACCCCCACAGCCCCCACUUCCUGGACUCUGCCCUCAGGACCUCUGCUGGGUGUGUUGCCAGUGGUGGGGGUGGUCCGCCCUACCCCUCCUCCACCCCCCCCUCCACUGACAUUGGUGUUGAGCAGUGGGCCCUCCAGCCCGCCCCGCCAGGCCAUCCGUGUCAAAAGGGUGUCCACCUUCUCUGGCCGUUCCCCACCAGCACCUCCCCCGAGCAAGACUCCCCGGAUGGAGGAAGAUGGAGAGGCCUUGGAGGACCCCCCCCAGGGUCCAGGGCUUAGUGGCAGCGGGUUUAGCCGAGUGAGGAUGAAAACGCCUACUGUGCGUGGUGUUCUCAACCUGGAUGAUCCUGGGGAGGAAAGUCUGAGGCCCCUCCAGGACCAGUCCCCUCUGCGACCACUUGCAGAAGGUGGUACUCCCCAAGUUCCCGAUGGUCUCCCUGACCUUGAAUCCCAGUGGCACCACUACUCAGGUGAGGCUUCAAGCUCUGAGGAAGAGCCUCCAUUUCCAGAGGAUAAAGAAAACCAGGCCCCAAAACGGGCUGGUCCACAUCUGCGCUUCGAGAUCAGCAGUGAGGAUGGGUUCAGCGUGGAGGCAGAGAGCUUGGAGGGGGCGUGGAGAACUCUGAUUGAGAAGGUGCAAGAGGCCCGAGGGCAUGCCCGGCUAAGACAUCUCUCCUUUAGUGGAAUGAGUGGAGCAAGGCUCCUCGGCAUCCAUCAUGAUGCUGUCAUCUUCCUGGCAGAGCAGCUGCCUGGGGCCCAGCACUGCCAGCACUAUAAGUUCCGCUACCAUCAGCAGGGAGAAGGCCAGGAGGAGCCACCCCUGAAUCCCCAUGGGGCAGCCCGCGCCGAGGUCUAUCUUCGGAAAUGCACCUUUGACAUGUUCAACUUCCUGGCCUCUCAGCACAGGGUGCUCCCUGAGGGAGCCACCUGUGAUGAGGAAGAGGAUGAGGUACAGCUCAGGUCAACCAGACGUGCCACCAGCCUGGAGCUUCCCAUGGCCAUGCGCUUUCGCCACCUCAAAAAGACAUCCAAAGAGGCUGUAGGUGUCUACAGGUCUGCCAUCCAUGGGCGGGGCCUGUUCUGUAAGCGCAACAUCGAUGCUGGCGAGAUGGUCAUUGAGUACUCUGGUAUUGUCAUUCGUUCUGUGCUGACUGACAAGCGGGAGAAGUUCUACGAUGGGAAGGGUAUUGGGUGCUACAUGUUCCGCAUGGAUGACUUUGACGUGGUGGAUGCCACAAUGCAUGGCAAUGCCGCCCGCUUCAUCAACCACUCCUGUGAGCCCAACUGCUUCUCUCGAGUCAUCCACGUGGAGGGCCAGAAGCACAUCGUCAUCUUUGCCCUGCGCCGCAUCCUGCGUGGUGAGGAGCUCACCUAUGACUACAAGUUCCCCAUUGAGGAUGCCAGCAACAAGCUGCCCUGCAACUGUGGCGCCAAGCGCUGCCGUCGGUUCCUUAACUGAAGCUGUGGUUGCCCACACCUCCCGCUGCCAUCUUGCCCCUGGUCUGGGGGCUCCCUAGUCCCCCCAGAGCAUCUCACCCCCACCCUCAUGUCCAGGGUGAAUGUGGGCAUGCAGGUGGCAAGGGCCCUGCCCCUACCCCUCCAGCCCACUCAGCAAUUGCCCCCUUCUUGCCCUGGGGGCCCAGAAUGUAGAUAUUGUACAAAGGUUUCUAAAUCCCUUCUUUUCUAUGCACUUUUUUAUUUAAGAGGUGGGAUCCCAGGUGGGAACCUCCCCCAAUAAAGUCUGUCAAUGUUUGGA